AUGCUUAAGGAGUUGUUGCAAAGUGUAGGUAAUGGUGGUUAUUACAACAAUGGGACACCUCAAGAUCAUGUAGUGAAUAUGGGUGGUGGAAAUUGGGGCCCACAGCAACCAGUGUCUGGUCCUCAUAGUGACAGUUCCAACUUCACCGGUCCAACCGCAGCUACACCGUCGCCUCAAGCUGCGACUCUUGGUCACAACCAAAGCACUUUCACCUACGAUGAACUCUCCCUUGCAACAGAAGGUUUCGCUCAGUCUAACUUGCUAGGGCAAGGAGGAUUUGGGUAUGUUCACAAAGGGGUUUUGCCUAGUGGCAAAGAAGUUGCGGUGAAGAGUCUUAAAGUUGGAAGUGGACAAGGAGAACGUGAGUUUCAAGCAGAGGUUGAGAUCAUUAGUCGUGUCCAUCAUCGUCAUCUCGUCUCUCUUGUUGGAUAUUGCAUCUCUGGUGGUCAAAGGCUUUUGGUUUACGAGUUUUUACCGAAUAACACUCUUGAGUUCCAUCUUUACGGUAAAGGUCGUCCUGUUCUUGAUUGGUCUAUACGAGUGAAGAUUGCAUUGGGAUCAGCUAGAGGUCUUGCAUAUUUGCACGAAGACUGUCAUCCUCGCAUUAUCCAUAGAGAUAUCAAAGCUGCAAACAUUCUUCUUGAUUUCAGUUUUGAAACCAAGGUUGCAGAUUUUGGAUUAGCUAAGCUGUCUCAAGACAACUAUACUCAUGUCUCCACUAGAGUUAUGGGAACAUUCGGAUACUUGGCUCCAGAGUAUGCCUCAAGCGGCAAGUUAUCCGACAAAUCUGAUGUUUUCUCAUUUGGAGUAAUGCUUCUUGAGCUCAUAACAGGACGGCCUCCAGUGGAUUUAACUGGAGAAAUGGAAGAUAGCUUGGUAGAUUGGGCUAGGCCACUGUGUAUGAAAGCAGCUCAAGAUGGAGAUUACAGCCAAUUAGCAGAUCCACGUCUAGAGACAAACUACAAUCAACAAGAGAUGGCUCAAAUGGCUUCUUGUGCAGCUGCAGCCAUCAGACACUCAGCAAGAAGACGACCUAAGAUGAGCCAGAUUGUACGAGCAUUAGAAGGAGACAUGUCAAUGGAGGAUCUAAACGAAGGAGGAAGACCAGGACAAAACUCGUAUUUGAGUCCCGGAGGCAUGACAUCAGAGUAUGACGCAAGCACGUACAGUGCAGACAUGAAAAAAAUAAGGAAGUUAGCGUUAGAGACAAAAGAGUAUCAGAGCAGUGAGUACGGUGCAACAAGUGAGUAUGGUUUAAAUCCAUCUGCUUCAACUAGUGAAGAGAUGCAUAGAGGUUCAAUGAAACGCAAUCCUCAGCUUUAGACAUUCUUAGUUACAUACACAUUCACUUUCAUCUCUCUCUGCCUAUGCCUUGUUUUCAUUCUGCGUCAAAGAAUAGCUAUAGCAGUUUGAAAAGGG